AACAAAACAAAUGGCUCCCUUCAAGUGACCAGUUACAAUCACGGUCACCAUACAUAUCUAUGGUGGAGAUUGCAGUGAACACAACUUGAGGUAUUCUAGCCGGAGAGCUUCCUUUUGCUAUUGAAAUAUGAUCAAUUAAAAGUAUCUGCUUUCUCAAGGAAAUUGGCUCAUCGCAUUGAUAUUAUUAAAGCAACAACAUUGGUAUCUUGGUGCUUUCCAUGUUCUUUCUUUAUCUCUCUUUUUAUUCAUUUUUCUCCCACUUGAUGGAAAAUAGUAUAUAGGUCCACAGUUUGAUUAUCUUCCCUUCCACAUUUAUCACCAAUUUCAAUUCUUUGGCAUUUCUACAGUACCAAGAAAAGAUGGCAGAAGUAUUUCUCUCCGCUCUUGUUCAGACAAUGAUGGGGAAUUUGAAUUCUCUACUUCUGCAACAGUUUGAAACAGCAUGGGGUGUCAAGAAAGAGUUGGGGAAGCUGGAGAGCACGUUGUCAACGAUCCAAGCGGUACUUCAAGACGCGGACAAGCAGCAAGUGCAGAGCGAGGCGCUGAGGGAUUGGCUAAGGAAGCUUAAGGGUGUGGCCUAUGAUGCAGAUGAUUUGAUAGAUGAGUUUGUAACAGAAGUUUUUCGGCAGAAAGUGAGGACUCAGUCUGAUACAAUGAAUAGGGUGCGCAACUUCUUUUCUUUUCCGAACUCACUUGUAUUUCGCCUGAGGAUGGGGAGUAGGAUAAAGGAGAUUGGGGAGAGAUUAUAUGAGAUUGCAGAGGAGAGGAAGUUCCAUUUGAGUGACAGAGUUGUAGAUCUUCCAUUCAAUAUUGAAGAGAGACUGCAAACAGACUCUUUGAUUGAGUCGGAAGUUUUUGGCAGAGAUGAAGAUAAGAAGAAAAUCGUAGAGUCGUUGAUUGAUUUUAGUACUCAAGAAGAUGUCUCGAUCAUCCCCAUAGUCGGUAUGGGGGGCCUUGGGAAGACCACACUUGCUCAAUUCGCUUACAAUGAUGAGAGGGUAACCAAGCAUUUUGAGCUAAGAAUAUGGAUUUGUGUGUCGGACAAUUUCGAUGUGAUGAGGGUAAUAAAAUUAAUCAUUGAAUCAGCAAAUGGUAGCAAAUGUGAUCUUGAAGGCAUGGAUUCACUGCAGCAUAGCCUCCAAGAAAAGCUAAGUGGGAAGAAGUUUUUACUCGUGUUGGAUGAUGUGUGGGAGGAAACUCCUGAGAAGUGGAAUUCACUGAAAAAAUCUGUCAGAGGUGCCAGGGGUAGUAAAAUCAUAGUUACUACCCGUAGUGAAAAAGUUGCUUCAAUCAUGGGCACUCUCCCUUCACACCAUUUGCAAACAUUAUCAGAUGAUGAUUGUUGGUUUCUGUUCAGGCAACGGGCGUUUGGGCAUGAAAGACAAGAACGUCCGAACCUUGUAAUACUCGGAAAGGAAAUUGUGAAGAAGUGCAAGGGUGUUCCUUUGGCGGCGAAGUCACUCGGAAGCUUGAUGUACCAUAAAACAGAGGAAAGCCAGUGGUUGUUUGUCAAAGAAAGUGAGAUUUGGAAUCUACCUGAAGAAGAGAAUCACAUUUUACCUGCCCUAAGGUUGAGUUAUUAUCAUCUGCCAUCACAUUUGAAGCAAUGCUUUGCAUACUGCUCAUUAUUUCCAAAAGAUUAUAGAAUCGAAAAGGAGAAACUGAUCCAACUUUGGAUGGCCGAAGGUUUCAUUCAAUCAUCAGUCAGAAGUAACCACAUGGAAAACAUCGGUGGAGAGUAUUUCAAUAAUCUAUUAUGGCGGUCCUUCUUUCAGGAUGUUGAGAAAGAUGACGAUGGGAAUAUAGUAUGGUGCAAGAUGCAUGACCUAAUGCAUGAUCUUGCAUGUUUUGUUGCAGGGACUGAAUGCUCGAUUCUGCAGGUUGAGAAUGCAGAGAGCAUCCAUAACAUAUCUCGCCGUUUGUCCUUGGAGUGUGGGUAUAGCAGGAAGGUCCGAACAUUCCCCAAGGCCUUAAGGAAAGUAAACCAUUUGCGAACACUGCUUCUGCUUGAAGGAAGAAGUUUCAGCAUCCCUCGUGAUCAUUUUGUACAUUUUAUGUGCUUACGCUGAAUAUGAUAACUUGACCCAUAUGCCUGCUAAUAUGGGAGAAUUAAAGUUUCUUCAGACCUUGCCAAUAUUCAUCAUUGGUCAGGAUAGAGGAUGUGGUAUAAAAGAGCUGCAAGACCUAAACCUUCGAGG